AUGUUGAGCCAGUGCCCUAGCAGGAGCAAAGUAGAAGAUGAUUCUCGAGAGCUGCAUCGCUCAUCACCAGAAAUCGCAUUUCGCCAGCUUCUGGAGCCGGUAUACCGGGAGAAACAACCGUGGCUAUUCCAGGAUCUGCUGCGGCGCUACCAAAAGCUCUGGAAAGAGCUGCCAGAGAUAGCCAAAGAUGGCCGCUCCCCGGACUGGGUGAUGACGAUCGACCGAGUUCAGCAACGAGUCAAGUCUGUUAUGCCGCAAAUGGUAGACUUCAUAUCGUGGGAUUGUCGACAGCCAGCACUCCUGGACCCCCGGUCAGGCCGCGACAUAUCGCACGCAAAGGUGCGGCAGUUCAUAGAGAGGUUCGAUCUCAAUCUACCAGAAUCGACUGCGGGGAAGCCGCGAGUCGCUGUCAUCCUCCCCAAUGGGCCUAUCCUGGCACUGGCCUUGCUUGCUGUAGCAAACCGCUAUACCCUGAUACCGAUGGCAAAAACAGCUGUCCCAGAGGAAAUAAUGACUGACCUUGACGCAGUCCGUGCAGACGCAGUUCUAAUGCUCGAGGAUGAUGUGCAACGCCUGCAGACAUGGCUGAAGCUGCUCGUCUUCACUGUUCAACCUCAGAAUGACUUGACAUUUUGUGUCACUUGCAUAAACAGCUCAACCGUAAAGUGUGGAGCCCAGCACGCCCCAAACGGCCCGGAUGAUCUCGCCAUUAUCCUGGCAACGAGUGGGACUAGUGGCACCAAGAAGUUGGUUCCAAUCACGUUGUUCAAUCUCCUAGUCAGUACAACCUUCACAAUGGAUAGUCUGGGAUUGGAUACUGAGUCCCGCUGUCUGAAUAUGAUGCCGCUCCAUCAUGUUGGUGGUAUGAUACGUAGCUUGUGGGCUUCCCUUGUGGCGGGAGGCAUGACAAUCUGUUGCUCGCAAUUUGAUCCGAACCUCUUCUGGGAUGUGGUUGAGAAGUAUCACCCAACGUGGUACUACGCGGCACCAACAAUGCAUGAGAUGAUAGUAGCUGAAGCUGCGCAUCGAGCUGAUGCCGUUAAGAAUAGUACCAUUACAUCCAUCUGCAACGCAGCAGCCGCAUUGCCCCCGAAUGUUGCACAGCAGCUUCAGGAAAUCUUUCAAUGCCCAGUGUCACCCAGCUAUGCGAUGACUGAGUGUUUACCCAUAACUGCCCCGCCUCAAAGUAACAGUUUCAAUCGUCCUGAAAGCUCAGGGUUGGCUGUGGGCCCAGAGCUGGCUAUUUUCGACAGUCAACAUCCGCAGCAGCGUGCCUCUACUGGCUCAGUAGGCCGAAUCUGUGUGCGAGGCCUGCCCGUAUUCCCGGGUUACCUUAACAGUGAUGGGCUGGACCGGAAUUCAUUCAGCCCAGCAGGGUGGUUUGAUACAGGCGAUCUCGGACAUAUUGAUGAGGACGGGUGGCUCUAUAUCACAGGACGGACAAAAGAAGUCAUUAAUCGCGGAGGAGAGACGAUCUCUCCUGUGGAGGUCGAGGAUGCAAUCAUGUCGGCUGCCAGAGACAAGUCUUCUAGUCUUUUCGGCCGUAUCAAGGCAGCUCUGGCAUUUCCUGCUCCCCAUGAUGUCCUUCAAGAGGUCGUCGGGGUGGCCGUUGUAAUCCCAGCAGGCCACACAAGACCCGACCUUCGCCAACUGCACCAGGGCCUCAAGGAGCGUUUACACCAACCCAAAUGGCCCGCUCUCUUGGUUUAUAUGAAUGGCAUUCCUAGAUCAGGGAAUAAACUGCGGCGCAUCGGCCUAAGCCAACGACUGGGGUUGGAGACAUUGACCGACCAAGUUCCCGCAGCCGAACGGCACUACGAGGCACUGUGCCCGCCGGUGGAUACGCCUGUCAGCGAGCCCAUUGCUCGAACGCGAUGCGCGAUAGAUUUUCCUCUGGUCAAGACAUAUAUCACACAGGCUUCUGGUCUGUUUAACCUAAUACUGCGAACGCACGCCGACGGAUACCCGCGAGCCAUCCUCUUCCGAGACGGGACCGGAGGAGUGUCGCCCGAGGAGGUCCUCACCCGUCUCUCCCAUCUCAUGCAUGGUUAUCUCAUCCCCAGCAGGCUGGAAAUACUGGAUGGCCCCAUUCCGCGGGACACCCAUGGGCUGAUUGACGAAGCUGCUGUGCAAGCCACGCUGCGCGCCUUGCAUGCAACAGCCACGUCGCCGACGCAGCAGCGGGUAUCUGAUCUUUUCGCGACCGCACUCAGGCGUGCCCCGGAAGAUGUGACGCCUGCGACCGACUUUUUCGAGUCCGGCGGGGACAGUAUGAGCGCGGGCCAGCUUAUUUCCAAGAUCCGACAGGAGUUCCGGGUGCCUGUUGCUGGGGAUGUUCUGUUCCAGCACAGUACCGUGGGCGCUAUUACGGCCACCAUUGAGGCGGCAAUUGCUGACACCAAGAUACGUAAGAGCAGAAAGCAGGAUCUUCCAGGAUGUCGAGAGACAUAUAGCUCCACCCAGCGGUGGGUGUUAUUAUUGAAUUUGGUGCCCUCCGUCAUCCUCUACCCAAUGCUGCAGGCCCUGCGUUGGACAUUUCUGGUGUAUAUGCUCUCCGGGGUCUCGACGCGGUUUCCACUGCGCCCGAAUCUCUUUGGACGGUUGCUUGGCCUCAUACUGAUGCGACUGACUGUUCAACUAGCGAUGGAGAUAAUCUCCCCAAUCAUAGGGAUCUCACUGAAAUGGCUCGUUGUUGGUAGAUACCGCGCAGGAAUGUAUCCAAUGUGGGGACCGUACCAUAUGCGGUGGUGGUUGGCACAGAAAGCACUCCAAGUGUGCGGCAAGGGGGUGUUUGACCGCUUUGACUUCAGCCGCAUCUGGUACUACCGAGCUCUGGGAGCACACAUUGGACGUAAUGUCUACAUCGACGAAUUCACGGGCCUUGGGGAGUACGACCUCCUUCACAUCGGCGACAAUGUAGUACUAGAGCACUGUAUCUGCCGUCCGUUUGCGAGUGAGCGGAACACCUCGAUGUUGCUCCAACCCAUCUCCAUUGGAGCCAGCUCCUACAUCGGCCUUAGGUCGACCGUGGUGCCUGGGACUACGCUGCCCCCAGGAACGUUUAUCGGCGCCAACUCAUCCACCUGGGAGAUUGACGAUGCCGAUGAAUCCAACCGCGACCAAUCUUCUGCCAAGGCGCUGCAGCCCCACUGGAUCUGGCACAUCUUGGUUGUGGGAUGGCUGGAGAUCGUCGUCCGCUUCGUAUCGGAACUACCGCGGAUCGCAGGACUACUCCCCAUCGUGAGUCGCUAUCCAACGGUCGCGGACGACCAAUUGCGACACACUAUCUCUUGGCUCACCAGCCGUACUCGGAUCGGCUACUUCCUUCUCAUGCGGGUCUACUCCGCUCUUGCCGGACCUUUGACGUGGUUCCUAGCCGUGCUGGUCGUGAAGCGUGGACUGGAUGCAUGCUGUGGCCGGCCCCUUCGAGGCCCUAUGAACCAAUUGUCCCCUGCUCAGAAGGUACGACAUGCAGCUCUCGACGCAAUUGUUCCACAAGGGGAUAUUUCCCGCCUGGCGCGGCUCGUGGGACCAAACUACGAGCUGGUCUCAGUGGCGGUGCGGAUGCUGGGUGGGCGGGUGGGAAAACGCGUAUACUGGCCACGCACGAAGUUGAAUCUAAUCCCUGAUUUUGACCAGUUAGACAUUGGCAACGACGUGGUUUUCGGGUCCCGGUCCUUCCUGGUCACAGCGGAUGGAAUGGGGAGAGAACCUAUUGUCAUCGGGGAUGGCACCAUGCUGGGGGACCGAUCCGUGGUGUUUCCGGGAGUCACCAUUGGGACGUGCGCGAUGGUGGGCUCAGGGGCAUUGUUGCGGCGGAACGGCUUCUAUCCAGAUGACAGCGUCUGGACUGGUAGCAAGCAUGGUGAUGCCAUUCGCUUCCCUCAACUCAAGGGAAAGAGAGAUGCUGCUAAAGAUCCCGACGGAAAGCGCGACACGACAAAGCCGUUUGGACGCGCCUUGUACCAGGGGAAGGCGAACUACCAUGUGCUAGGUCUGGGACCCAUUGUCGGGUUCUCCAGCUUCAUGGUCGCCUUCACCGCGGUAUAUCCCAUGGCGGUGCCGCUGGCGGCAUUGUUGGUGGUGAACCGUCUUCUCCCAAUGGAACUGAUGGCAUUUGGUAUGCGAUGGUGGCGUCCGUUCGCCGUGUACGGCGUACUAGCUGCAGUGAUGGCGGCAGUGACGCUAGUUCAAGCGGUGGUGUCGUUGGGGAUUGUCAUCGCCGUCAAGUGGAUACUCGUUGGACAGCGGACUGAAGGCUCAUACCCCUACGACUGUAGCAGUUAUUGCCAACGCUGGCAGAUUAUGCGCACUAUUGACAUCCUCCUUGAGGAGCCCUUUGGCGGGACGGGUAUCCUGUCGUUACUCACCGGAACAGCGUAUCUGAGCUGGUUUUACCGGGCCAUGGGGGCGAAGAUCGGGGCAGAUUGUGCGUUGAAUGCGAACGGUGAUCCACACAUCUUUUUCACAGAGCCGGACUUGGUGACGUUGGGAGAUAGAGUCACGGUGGAUGAUGCUAGUCUGGUGUGCCAUCUCAACACGCGGGGGGACUUCGAGUUGCAUACGCUGCGUGUGGGCGAUCGAAGUGUGAUGCGCACGGGGUCUCGAUUGUUGUCGGGGGCGUCGAUGGGGAAGGAUGCGUGUCUGCUGGAGCAUACGCUGGUGUUGUCGGGGGAUCAUGUUGAGGAUGGCACGACGUUGCAGGGCUGGCCGGCGGAGGAGUUUAGGGGGGAUCGACUACGACCGUAAGCUAUAUACAAUCUGCGCGGUGAGGAGUGCAUAUGUUACUUGCGAGCCGGUGGGAUUUGGGUUGGGGGUAAAUGGAAAGCUGUAAAUAUCCCUAGCAUUUAUCU